GCUUGACCUCUUCAAGUUUGCUUUAUGGUUUCUAACCAGCAGUCGGUCUUCAGCCUGAACUGUUUGGCUGAAAGUCUCGACAACAUGAGCGUGUCAAGCCUUCUCAACCUCAGCAACCUGGGCAAGAUCUGCGGCUCCAGCCACAGCAACGACAUGAUAGUUCUGGACCGGGUGAAGAGGAAGAACUCCGUCAGGCGCAUGUCAAUAAUUGAAGACGGUCAACUCGCAGAGGUUCUCUACUUGAUUCCAAAGCAGUCCAUAAUGGAGCAGCUACCGUUCCUCAACCCUAACGACUACAUUCUGUGUGAAAAGCUGGCAGGUAUACCUGCAGAGCUGUCAGUACUACACACCCAGGAUAGCUGCCACCCCUGCCCUCCAGCAGGGAAGAAGGUCAUCUGCUGCUUCAGGUGUGGGGAGUCAUGCAGAGGAGAGGUGCUGCGUGUUCAGAGCAGCUACUUCCACAUAAACUGCUUUACAUGCAAAGUGUGUGGCUGUGAUUUAGCUCAGAGUGGCUUCUUCAUGAGGAAUGGGGACUACCUCUGCCCGCUGGACUUCCAGCGACGUCAUGGCACAGCUUGCAACAGCUGUGGAGAAUUUGUGGAGGGAGAGGUGGUUACGGUGUUGGGGAAGACCUACCACCCAGCCUGCUUUGUUUGCGCCAUUUGCAAACAGCCUUUUCCUGCUGGGAAUUGUGUCACCUUCAUUGGAAGAGACUGCCUCUGCCAGCGCUGUAUGGAACCUGUGUCGCCGUCUCCAAACGCCACCAGCUAUUCCAGCAACUGCACUGGCUGUGGGAGAGACAUCAAGAAUGGACAGGCUCUAUUAGCCCUCGGAGGCCAGUGGCACCUAGGCUGCUUCAAGUGUAAAACCUGCAGGAAAGCGUUGAGCGGAGAAUAUAUCAGCAAGGAUGGAGUUCCCUACUGUGAGAGAGACUACCAGAUUCAGUUUGGGGUAAAAUGUGAAGCAUGUCAGAAGUUUAUAACUGGAAAACUCUUAGAGGCUGGGGACAGACAUUAUCACCCCAGCUGUGCAAGAUGCAGCCAAUGCGACAGGAUGUUCACAGAAGGAGAAGAAAUGUAUGUGCAAGGAUCAGUAAUUUGGCACCCAGAUUGCAGAGAAACCAGCAGAAUGGAGGACAGCUACAGGGUCGGGAGACCUAAAACGCCCUGUCUUGAUUUCUUUUUCCCUCAACAUGAACUGAAGCAAACUAGAUCAUCAUCUGAAAGCUCCUGUUCCAGGCCGGGCUCAUGCACUCCUGGCAGCCCAGGUCGAACCAUCUGUGCCAAAGUAGAUAAUGAGAUCAUUGAUUACAGAGACUUAGCAGCAAUUCCCAGAGUCAAGGCUAUAUAUGAUAUUGAGUAUCCUGAUAUGAUAUCUUAUAAGUCUGUGAAUGACCACCCCUCCACUUUGGAUGAGAAAGGAAACACACAACACAGCCAAAGAGUCCAAAAAAGUCCUGCAGAGUCACCAGAAAUCAAAACUGAACCCACAGAGGAGAGUUUUGAAAUAAGAACACGUGUACCCAAAUCUAAAAGCCAAGGGCCUUUCGGACUUCAUACAAUGUAUCAUCGCCAUAGCUACACUCCAACUUCGUCCAGAUCACCACAACACUUCCACCGACCAGGGUUCCCGCUUUCUUCCUCUUUAUUCUGUGGCAACACUGGCACUUCCCCUCCUUCUCUUUUAUAUCACACCUUUCCCUCUCAAAGCAAAGCAGACGAAAGCUUCAACGUGUACAGGAGGGCCCCGAUUUAUAAACAGCAAGAUCCAAAUUCCUUGACAUCCCCAGCAUCCUCUUUGCCCGGUCGGAACAGCCUCAGCCCGCCACGGCCAGCUGAUUUCUCCCACUACCAUGACGACAGAUGCAGAGACUUCAGGGUAUGUGACAGUAACCGAAUGGAGUUGGUAUUCGAGUCAGUCCUGGUUCCCUGUUUGCUCAUCUAUGACCAUCAGUACCCAUUAACACAAAUGGAGAGAGGAGUGUCUAUGCCUAAUUUGUUGGAACCAAAUAUCUAUCCAUAUGAAAUGCUCACAGUUAGUAACAGAGGACGAGUGAAGCUUCCCAGGGAUGUUGACAGAACAAGACUUGAGCGUCACCUGUCCCCAGAAUCAUUCCUCCAGAUCUUUGGAAUGGAUAUUCAAGAAUUUGACAGACUUCCACUUUGGAAACGUAAUGACAUGAAGAAGAAAGCCGAUCUUUUCUAAUACAUGCUGUGAAUAUGCGAUGCACGAGUUCCUUUGAACCUGUAUGUUUAUUCCAAUGUAAAAAAUAGCACAAAAAGUAAGGACAUUUGUGGUUGGUUGAUUUUUCUUCUUUUGUCUUUUUAAUUUUUUUGUAACAAUUGCAUUUGUAGAUUCAAUAGCAAAAUAACUGGUAGAGAAGAUUUGGCAAUUUUUUUCAUGGGCGCAACCCACAGACUGCUCAACCUACAAAUACAUUUUCUUACAAAUGUAGCACCAUUUAAGGGAGAAUAAACCGGCUUUUCAGCCGCAUAAGAUUUGUUGCCAAGAAGCAUUGUUCAAAGCAUCAACCAAACAAAUGUCCUUACUUUCUGUACUAAAUUUAUUUGGCACAGAAAUAUGAAAUGUUUCCCUAAAAACCGGACAGUUCACAAUUAUCCUGGGACACUGUACCUUUAUCACUUUUUUUUAGUUGUUCAUAGGUUAGAGUAAGGAAUAAUAGCAUAAUUAAUAUUAUAAUAUUCAAAACUUAACCUUAUUUAUUUGUGUUUCCACGGGCAGCCGUGUAUCCUCUAGAUUCCCUGCUUAUAUUAAACAACUCUAUAUUUUUAUUCUUGGAAUCUGCUAGAGCAGCUGUUCAUGAUUCACAGUUUUAAAUAAUUUUCCUUUCCCUCUCCUUUAUGACAACUUUCUUCUGGUUCGUAGAUGUCCUCACAACAGAUCUGUGCCUGAGAUGACAAUAUUAAUACAUCAUACAGAGCCAAGGGUAGAAUAAACUGUCAGUGUUUAGCGGUUUAAAGCCUGAACUUCAGACGCAUAGAUAUUAUCGCUUGGAUCAUUUGAAACCAUGGCCUUGUUUAACAUGAGCCUCCACCAUAGUAACUGUAUGCAACACUAUAUGGACAAUAGUAUUGGACCAUGCCUCUAGGAUCACUGAAUUUAAGUGUGGUACUGUAAUUGGAUGCCACUGUUGCAGAAAGUAAUUUUGUGAAAAGCCUUCCCUUCCAGAUAUUGAGUGAUCAGCUCUGAGACAUUUUAUGCUACACUCAGCAGGCACUUUGUUAGUGUCGCUCAGUUUGAACUUCAGCAGGUCAUGUUCACCAGCGGUCCCCAACCAGACCGGUGUAUGUUGGACAAUAUUUUCA